UUUGGCUUCCCCGUAGUUUUGAAAAUUUUUAAAUGGCUACCUGCGUCUGCCGAUUGGAAUGUUGUUAUGUGCAUCUGUCCUGCGUUCUAAAUUUUUUUACGUGUUAUGUGACUAAAUUUAAAUAUUUUACUAUAACUGAAACUUUCAAAGGUUUUGGGUAGCAUUUAUUUUAAUGUUUUAAAUACGUACAUCAUUUAAAACUUCAUCAUUAAGUGUUUGUUUACAUUUGUUAAUUUGCCAUUCUCGACUUCUAAACUGUGAUCAAAUUAUCUUCUAUCGAAAAUUUAUGUUCAUGAAGUAAAUUUUAUUAAUGUAAAGCAUUAAGUAUUAUAAAUUCGUAUUCAGUGUUUUAAGUAGAAACGAAUUAGUGAGUUUCGCCUCCUUGUAUAUAAAAUCUAACCACUAUGUUAAAAUAAUUUGUCAAGAUCUUCCAGUCGGAAAUCAUUGUAUAUAUAUCAUAAUGGAUAAAGCUGAUUCUUCAUUUGAUUUUCGAACUGUAAAGCCAACUUGAUUCUAUGCAUUUCUUGUUUGACAUGAAAACAUUAUGUGGUAUCUACAACUCAUUUGACAGGUGCCAUACUUUUUGGCCAUGCCAGUUCUGCCUGCAAUAUGUUCUUGGAACCGACUUCAUCUGAGAAUUUUAGAAUUUUACCGUGACCGAGUGAAGAAACGAGAGAAACGUCCCAGUGAUUAAUGUCUUUUUUUUCUUUCUACCAUGUCUUGAUUAACUUGAGUUACGAGCAACAUGCUACAGUGUUUAUUAACCUGUAGCUUAAUAUGAGUAUUAUUAUACAAUUUAAUUCGCCGUUUAUACAGUCUGCUGGUGCUGUGCCUUCAAAUGACCAAUGUCUCUCAAAAACUUCUGUAAAGGUGGAAAUGGUGCCAGGAAUUGAACAGUCUGAACUGCCAGGGAUGACUGAUGAUGAAAAUUCUAUUGUUGAAAUAGCUACAUCGAAUUCUGUGUUUGCAACUAGUUUAAAAGAUGUUAGAUCUUCACAAUGUUGUUUUGGCCUACCAUACCAGGAUCACAAUUAUGGUGCUCCUCCACCUCCUACUCCACCAAGCUAUUCACCGUGUCCUUCUCCUGUUGCUGAUGUUGCCAUUCCAGAUGAAGAUACCAAUCUUUCAAUCAUUUCAACUACUACUACUACAGAAGAAGCCCAAGAAGAAAGCAUAACCCGCUGUAUAUGUGGAUUUGAACAUGAUGAUGAAUACAUGAUAUGUUGUGAUCAUUGUCUCGUUUGGCAACAUGUUGAUUGCAUGGGAUUGGACAGAAAUAAUAUACCUGAAACAUACUUAUGCGAAAAAUGUGAGCCUAGGAAGUUGGAUAAGCAUAAAGCAAAACUCUUACAAGCUCGCAAAAAAGUUGCAUUAACCAAAUUACCAGCUACAAAACAAGAGUCUUGUGCCAAUAACUUGAUUUUUGGAAAAAAUUACAAAAAGAAGACAUUACUACAAACUCCAGAAGAAUGGCCUAAAACUGAUUAUCAAGUCAUGCCACCUGUAUCCCUUGUUCAACGAUUUUAUUGUACCUCAGAUAGUGAUGAAGAUAACAAGAAUACUGAACGUCGGCCAAAAACACGAAGCAAGCGUAGAAAAAGAGAAGAAGAAAAACAACUGGAGCAGUCUACUAGAAGAAGCAAAUCUUUUUCAAAGCAUGGAAAAGAAAGAACAGAUAUCAAGCGUUCAAAACUGAGAAGAAACAAGAAUAAAGAAAGUACAAGUACAGCUGACGAAGAAGCCCAAGAUGCCUGGCAAUAUAGCACUGAGUGGUGUGAAGAAAAUUUUGAAACUGCUGUAACUAAUCAGUAUACAUCUGAAGUGCAACAGUUAGCUCGAAUGAUGAGCCCUUUGGGAUUUGAAAAACAGUUCUUUGAACAACUUCAAAAUAAGCAGUGUCAUGUGUUGGAUGAUGGGAAAAGGAAACAGCUGGUCUGUCUCUAUGAUUUACCUAGAAAUCAACCUCUUAUAGAAUAUAAAGGAAAGUUUCUUUUAUCUUCUCAGUUUCAUGAUAUUCACCCUCUCUAUAAUAAAAGGUUAUAUCCUUAUGUUUUGUUUUAUAAGAUAGAUGAAACUGAGAUUUGUGUUGAUGCUUCGAUAUAUGGCAAUGACGCGAGGUUUGUGAGGAAGUCAUGUAAACCUAAUGCAGAAAUUCGGCAUAUGGUAUAUAAUGGAAACUUGCAUUUGUACUUGCAGUCCACUAAAGUAAUUUUUAGUGAAGAUGAAGUUACUGUUCCUGUUACUCUUAAUGAUUGUGAUAGCUUAAAAGAUAUAGAAUGUGCAUGUGGCUCUGAUGAAUGCCUUUUGAAGCCAAAAAAGAAGAAUGGUAGUAUUGAAGUCAUUCAUGAGAAGCGACGAAGAAGCAGACGAACCACAAUAUCAGCGGAUGAUGAAAGCAGCCAGUCUUUAGUUAUUGCUGCUCAAGCAGAGAAAAAUAAGACUUCACAAGCAAAGAAUUCAACUCCUGAUCUUCAAGUGGCUGCUAAGGCACAGAUUAUUCCGACAGAAUCCAAUGAUCAGGCAGUUGAUUUGAAAUUAGCAUCUUCAGAUCAUGAAACAGAAGAACACAGUAAUGAGAAUAAAAAGAAAAUGACAAGAGAAGAAAGAAAAUUGGCCCAAAUCAUGCAGACUUUCUAUAAAAUGGAAAAGGCUGAGAAAAGGAAGCAGCAGAAAGAGGCUCAAGAGCGUCAGAAGAUUCCUCCCAAGUUGGAAGAACUAGUCGAGAAAAAUGAGCCUGUUGCAGCUGUUCCAAAAGAAGAAGAAAAGACUUCAUCUACAUCUGCUGUAGAAGAACAGUGUGAAGAAGAAGUUAAAAUGGAAUCCAAAGCUGCUCUGGCAACCACCAAACCUAAGAAAGGGAAACGAAGAAGGGGUUCUGGGACACCGUCUAGACGUCGGACAAGGACUAAUAGUGGAGGAUCCGAUAUUCUUCGUUUGGUACAAGAAGAGUUACCAAAGGCCCCUGAGGAGCCAUCUACAGUGUUGUCACCUACAAUAUCAGCUUCUGCUGCUGCAGCUGCAGCUGCUACUGCUGUAAAUGAGACUCCUAUUCAGUCAGAUUGUGCAACAACAAAUAAUAAUCCUCCUCUUGUGACGGAUGUUGUUGAACCUCCUCCUGCCAUACUUUCACCAAAACCAUCACUUUUGAAAAGAAAAACGUCUUUGAUGAAUGUUUGGCUUCUAUCCGAACUAACAGACACAAAAGUGAAUCUACCAACUCCAAAACAGCAAAAUUCUGCACCAGCUUGUUAUGUCAGAUGUACGAAAGAUACACCACAUUCAGGUGGCAUUUCUGCUGCACAUCUUCGGCGAAGUAAUUCAAGUGGUUAUGUGAAGGCUGCAGAAGGUUACAAUGGUUCACAAGAUCAAGGCUUCACAAAGAAGCGAUGGUUGAGGCAAGCUAUGAGUGACAGUGGUAGCUGUGAAGAGCAACAUCUUAAAAUGGACUCGGGCAGUCUAGAAAAUUUAGACAGUGUCUGCCUCAGCCCUAUUUGUCAUGGAGAUAUUGACAGUCCUGGUACUAUUACAGAUGCUGAUGUUUUGACUCCUCCUUUGAAGAAAAGAAGAUUAUUACGUGAAAGUGUUGAAUCAUUGACGUUUCCUCACAGCCCAUCUAUUGAGAAUUGUUUGGACGAUACAGAUGCAACGACAUCAAGUUCUUUACCUAAUGACAGUCAUACUGAUACAAUGGAACAGCAAUCACUUAAUACAGCAAAUGAUGAAUAUAUUAUAGAACUCUCACCUUCCAAAGAAAAGCAUAUUCCUGAAACUAAUGACCUAAAAGUGGAAGAACAUCUCAGUGAAAACGUUAAAGAAGAAGUGGUUAACUGUGACAUUGUGGUUUUAUCUGAUGAAAAGAAUUCUGACGACCAACUGCAUUUUGAUAAAAACAAACUUAGUGAGACAACUGAAAGCAAUAUUCAAAAUAACUGUGAUGUAAAGAGUGAUAUUACAAACUCUAAAACUCAUGCUUCUUUUAAAAAGGAUUACAUCAAAUCAAUCUCUUUGGAUACUGGCUUGACAUUGAUUAAAGAAAAUGUCAAAUCAGAACAUCAUCCCAAACCAACUGCAAUAGAGGAAUCUGCAUCCUCUGAUUCAAGAACUGAUCCUCCUAGUAUUAAAAAUGCAAAACAAAGUUUUAUCAAAGUAGAAAGUGUAGAAGAUUCCAUAAAAGACUUACCUGUUCCAAAGCAGUUACAGAACUCUACUUCAGAGAGUGCAUCACAACCUGUACAUAAAACAAGCCCUGUGAAAUCUAAAUGCAUUUCAGCAACAAGAAGAAACACAACAUCAGAAAAAAUACAACAUUCACCAUCAAAGGAUAUUCAGAGAAAUGAAACUAACACCAUAAAAUCAUCUAUGCAAGACGAAAUCAAAGACAUUUCUCCAUGUAAAGCAUCUUUAAAAGUCACCAGCAAUAUGAAUUCUUGUGAAACAUCUGUUGUAAAUAAAAAUGAGGACAAGAGUACAAAUGAUAGGCCUUCAGACUUAAGUGUGAUAUCUGAGAAAACAGUAAGUAAUGUUACCAGUUCCUGUAAUGACAUAGCCAAUAGUGUUGGUAGUGCUCAGUCAACUGAUUCUACUAGUACAGUUAUUGAUGUGAAUACUCAAACCCGGUGUAAAACAAGUGAAGAAUCUAGUCCAGUCAAAGUGUGUGCUUCUGCAACACAGAGACGAAAGGUAUCAUUAUCAGAAUAUCGUAUGCGAGUGCAAGAAAAUAUGAACAGAUCUCGUUCUAACUCUGAAUCAGAAAAAAAACCAAAUGAUAUUCCAGUUAACUCCUCACCAGUUAAAACAGAAUUAUUACCAGCAAAACUUACAUUAGCUCCUCUUCCUCUUUUUGACACUUCUGACAGUUCUGUGAAUCAGUCUAAUAAACAACGAGCUGUUAAAAAGAAAAAAGUAUCAACCUGUGAAGAUAAUCAAGAUGCAAUUGAACAUCGGGAAAAUUUGAAUGAAAGGUUAAAACGAGAAUUUGGAUUUGAUUUUUCUGAUGGUUCCAGCUUAAUGCUGCCGAAAUCAAAAAGCAAUAAUCAAACUUCUUCUAAUCCAAAUAUUUCUAAGCCACCAGUGAGUGCUCAACCACCACCUCCGCCCCCUCCUCCUCCACCACCCCCACCUCCUCGACCUCGUUGUACUCAAGCCUCUGAAUUAAGAGCAAUUUCUCCUGUGAUGCAUUCACAAUUUGGAUAUGUUCAUCCAUCAUUUCCUCGGCCUCCAUACAUGAUUCCACCUCAGGUUCCUGGUGCUCCUUUUAUCCCGACUCGGCCUACUAUGGUUGCACCUAUCAUGCCUCCUGUUCCGCCUAACCCAACAAUUAGACCUCCAUUGCUGCCAACAACACACUCCUUCGCUCCAUCAAUGCCCCCUGCUCUUUUAAGGACUCCCACUCGACAUGAAUAUGCACCUGUCAACGCACAAAGGUUCACCACCAUGGUUCCACAACCUCCCAUGAGCCACAAGGCAUACCCUCAUGUCUACCCAUCUGGGCUCUAUAAGUAAGGCUGUGCGCUCUUCACCUUCAUUGACAUUUUAAAAUUUUAUAAACUAUCGUAUAAAUGUACAUUUUUCCAAUUGAAGUGUGUUCAGAGUUCAUUAGCAUUUGUUUUAUUCCUUCACACAUCACAUGUUGUACAUAUGAUUAUUAAAAAUAUAAAUAUAUAUAUCCAUUGUAUAAAUGUAACAAAAAAUUUAUUCAUUCAUUUCAUUCAGACUGAAAUAUGUACAUAGUUAUUCUAAUGCUGUAUUAUUUUUUAUUAUAUUAUUUUUGUUGUUCGUUGUUGUAUAAUAUUUUGUUGCCAAUGUAAAAAGCACAACAAAGAUGUGCUCUGCUCAAUUUGGUUUAUACAUAUUUUUUUUUUAUUUACCCCCCCCCCCCCCCUUUUUUUUUUUGAUAGUGUGCAAUGCUUCCUCUUUCCUCUCAAGCCGGUGAAAUUUUCAGAUUUUUUUUUUUGUUACACUCUAAAUAUCAAAAUAAAAACAGAUUUUAGAGAACUUUUUUUGUACAUGCAAAUAAUUUAUUUUUAUUUUUUCAUCUUUUAUUGUAUAGCUAUGUACAUAAAUAUUUGACAAUGCACAUUCUUGUAACAUU